GGUUCUUGCUGGUCCCUUCCAGCCCAGCACAUUCUGUGGCUGUGUGAGCACGGCUUUGUGCUAUUCAAUUCUAAAUAUUUUCUGGGGGAAAAGAAUGAAACCUGGGGGAGAGAGGGGCUAUCCCCAGGGAUGAAUCAGCUCAGGAAGGAUGUGACUCAGUGCAGGGGCUGCCUCCCGACUGAGCUGCUGCCGGAGAGCAGCUGAGGGAGGAGGAGGAGGAGGAGGAGGAGAGCAGGGCUGGUGUGUCAGGUUUCCAUGCACUGCACGUGUGGGUGGUGCGAGCUCUGCCUGCUCCAGCCACCGAGCGAGCCGGGAGCAUGGGGCAGGUGGCUUGGAAGGCUUUAUUUCUGUCUCUUUUCGAUUAUAAAACGGAGAAAUACGUCAUUGCCAAGAACAAGAAGGUGGGGGUCCUCUACCGAGUGGUGCAGCUCUCCAUCCUGGCUUACCUGGUGGGGUGGGUGUUUGUGGUCAAGAAAGGCUACCAGGACACAGACACGUCCCUCCAGAGCUCCGUCAUCACCAAGCUGAAAGGGGUGGCCUUCACCAACACCUCGGAGCUGGGGGAGAGGAUUUGGGAUGUUGCAGACUAUGUCAUCCCUCCCCAGGGUGAAAGUGUCUUCUUUGUCAUGACAAAUCUGAUUGUGACCCCAAACCAGAGACAAGCCACGUGUGCUGAGGUAGGAAGAACUGAGCCCCUUGACCCCCAGACCCCUGCAAAGCCGGGGAGUGCCAGCAUUCCUGAUGCCCUGUGUGACAAGGACACGGACUGCCUGGAAGGGGAAGCAGUGGUGGCUGGCAAUGGGGUUAAAACUGGCCGUUGUUUGAAAGACAGGGGCAGCACCAGAGGGACUUGUGAGAUACUGGCCUGGUGCCCAGUGGAGAAAAGAUCCAAGCCCAAGAAACCACUUCUGGGCAGCGCAGAAAACUUCACUGUUUACAUCAAGAACUCCAUUCGCUUCCCCAAGUUUAAGUUCUCCAAGAUGAACGUGCUGGCAACCAACAACGAGUCCUACCUGAAGAGCUGUCGGUACAGCCAGGAGCAUCCCUACUGCCCCAUCUUCGUGCUGGGCAACAUCGUCCGCUGGGCUGGGGGCAACUUCCAGGAGAUGGCCUCGGAGGGUGGUGUGAUAGGAAUUCAGAUUGAAUGGAACUGUGAUCUUGAUAAAGCCCCUUCUGAAUGUAAUCCUCACUAUUCUUUUAGCCGGCUGGAUAACAAGUCUGCAGAAACCUCCAUCUCUUCUGGGUACAACUUCAGGUUUGCCAAGUACUACCGGGAUGCUCAGGGGGUCGACUACAGGACGCUCAUUAAAGCCUACGGAAUCCGCUUUGAUGUGAUGGUGAAUGGCAAGGCAGGGAAAUUUAACAUCAUUCCCACCAUUAUCAACAUCAGCUCAGGGCUGGCGCUCAUGGGAGCUGGAGCUUUCUUUUGUGACCUGGUGCUGCUAUAUUUGAUCAAGAAGAGCAACUUUUAUCGAGGCAAAAAGUAUGAGGAAGUCAAGUCCAACUCCAGGAAAUCCUUGUCGAGCCCUACGCUGAACGGGAACCAGAGCCCGGAGCAGCUCGACGGGCUCUAGGCACAGCUGGACUCCUGCUCCAGGAAAUCCACACAGGUGUGGCAUCACACCAGCACUGGGAGGUGGACAUACCCCAGAUCAGGCCUACUAAGAUCAGGAUUUCCAGAGGAAGAAACCUUCUCUAAAGACUGCAUUUCUUCCCUGAGAUUUCUCUGGGAUCCUGAGCUUGCAACGUGUGUCGUCACUAUGGAUUUAUAAAAGGAUUUUUAUGAAAGGAGAAAGAAGGCACCCAAUGAAUGUUUUUAUCUCCACUGAUAGAUAUAUCUGUACUUAUGCCAAUAGCCAGCGCUGUCCUGUGGCUGUGCUUUGCUUCCACGUGGAGAAAAGCUGUGAUGGGAGCACUUUGGGAAGGGCUGAAGCUGAAACCCAACCUGUCUCCUGCUCUGCUGCCGUGGCAGCCACCGCCUCCAGCUCCUGCCUGGGUGAUGUGACAUCAGCUGUGAAGCAGCAGGACUGCUCUGCUCAGGAAAUGCAGGAAACGUGGCACUGGAGCAGCUCUUGGGGCUGGGGAAGGGGCUGUGAUCCUGCAGGGGUGAGGCAGGGGGGACAGUCACUCUCGUGGGGGUUAAUGCACUGAGGAGCAGCGUGGCCCUGGGAGCACCUGCACAGCUUCUGCCUCCUUCCUUCAGUGCCUGCUUUCGUUUGCUCAGGACUGUCCUUGCUGCAUCACUGCCUGAUUUCUCCUGUGGGCAGGCCUGGAUGAGCCUCUGUUUCUCACAGCACACCCUGGCUGUGCUGCAGACUGAGAGGGCAGCUCUGCCAGGGCCACGGGCUGGGCCAGCCUCCUCCAAACACAACAGGGAAAAUCAGAACAUAUCUGUCUGCUCCUUCAACACCAGUGACCUCUGGAAAUACAAGUGCUUGUCUCUCAGCAGAAUCAGUCUCCCUGCAGCCCAUUUGGUCCAUUUAUCUCAUGUGAGGAUGUAACUAAUCUCAGAAAAGGGCUUAAGGAGUAUCUUUGUGUUCUGUACAUGCUGCCCCAUCACCCUGACUGGGAUGAGGAUUACCCAUUCCAGCAAGCACCCUGUCCUGAUGAAGAUUAAAUGUUUCUGUGCAUGCUCUGAAUACCAAAAGUUAAAGGGCUCCUGCUGCAGCAUCAGGGAGCUGCUGCCAUUGAGUGGCUGCACUAAUGGCACCAGCAGCUGCACCCACCUCUGCUGUAACUUCUUUAAGGUUGUUACUGUGAGGUACAGCUUCAUCCUAAAUUAAAAUUCACCUCUGAUAGCAGUGGUAAACUCUGAACCCUGUCAGACAGCAAACCCCACCCAGCCUAGUUCCCCCCCUCUGCUUCUCUGUAGUGAGCCAAAAAUGGGGCUAGAAAACAGAAUGAAACUGGAAUUCAUUUAGGAUAAGCUGUGUACCUUUGGUGCUCUCAUCUCAUCCAAAACCUUCUCUCCAUGUCAGAAGUCUCCCCUCAAGGCAAACACACUGCACAGGAGUUCCCACCAGGCUUUUGACUGUCAGGGUUUAAUUGGAGUUGAGUAAUUUCUGGAUGGUGAAACACACAGUGAACCCCCUGUGUGACAUCAGGGCCUGGCACAACUCCUGGCAAGCAAGCAAAGCUGACUGUGCUCUGCUGAAACCAUUGUUUUAACUUGCCAAAACAUCCUCCUGUGAGAGGACCAAAGCUAUUUCCUGAAUCUAAAGUCUCCAGGCUCCCAGAUCCCCUGGAAGGUUUCCUUUCUUUAGACUGUGUAACACAACUCCUACAACCCCUGCUGUUAAUAAAACAUAACCAGAUUCCUUCUCAGGAGCUCA